AUGUCUUCACUAAUAACUGCGCGGACUGUAUUUGAAGCCACUAUCGGCCUGUUGGUGAAUAAAGGAAGAAAUAAACUGGCAGAAAAAUUGAAUGAAGGUGAUGUUACAGAUCAGAAAUCCCGUGGCCUGAUCGUCCUUGAAAUCGAUAAAAUAAAAUCGAAGUUGGAUGGUUUAGCAAGAAACGAUUUGUUAGCGAGUAUCAGCCUUUUUAAGGAAGGAAUCGAGUUGUUUUAUGACGUGUUUGAAAGUGCUAGAUCCAGUAGCGAGCGUCGCGCGAUAGCAGCAGCUGCAACAGCUUGUGUUGAGCAAUUCGAUUUUGCUAAAGAAAUGAGGAAAUUGGAUCUUUCUGCCUUGGAUGAGCCUUCCACAAGGAAGCUUACCGAAGCCAAGAAGAGAUUUGAAGAAGCUCGCCUAGAAGCGACAAAUGCUUUUAGUGAUGAAGCUUUGGAGUUGCCUGAUCGCCUGUUGGCUAUGCAAUAUCGACUGAUGGCAACAAUACUGGAGACGGUUGACAAUCCUAAGGACUCCUUACCGGCUUGUAAAGUAUGUAUUGAAGACCUACACGAUGUGUCGGGUGUUAAAGAAUGCUUCAAAGUAGAGCUUAGGAAAGGUCUACGGGCUCGGUUGGGUAAAGAAGAACGCAGAGAAAUAAUUUGCAAGGUAUGUUUCUUUAAUCGUGUAGUCUACGAUCUCACGCUGAUGGCCCGCGGGUUUGGCACCAAGGGUCAGCUAUCGGUAAACUGGCCUUGUGUUAAUACUGGAGAAGAACCAGUCAAUCCACUUCGAAAUCAAAGAGUUGCUGAAGUACUAAAUGAACAAGGUAUGGUGCAUUGCAGCUGCUUACCAUGGUCAUUAGGUCAGGAGGGUGAAGAGGAGCACAAGCUAAAGCGUCCGCGUGGUAUCGCUACAAACAUCAAAAAACAAUUCCUGAUAGCAGACAAUGGGGAUAAAACCGUGAAGGUGUUUGAUAGCAACGGAAAGUUUGAUUUUAUAUUUAAUCCUCAAACUGAUGACGCCAAUACAGAGUUAUAUAUUUUGGAUGUCGCCACUGCAGGCGAGGACGACAGGAUCUAUGUACUGGUCAGACUGAGGAAGCCUGGGGCUAAGAACUGGGACUGGGAAGUGCAGGUUUUGGUAAGUACGUGGUGUAAGCAUCAUAUAGUAGUUUGACGUUAGUUACUAGAAGCAAUGUAUAUAUACAGCCCAGCAUAUAUAGAGGUACAUAAUCCUACAUAGCCCUACUUAGCCAUACUUAGCCAUACAUAGCCAUACAUAGCCACACAUAGCCAUACAUAGACAUACAUAGCCCUACAUAGCCAUACAUGGACAUACAUGGUAGAUAGUGAUCGACUGGUUAAUCUAGAAGGUUAUAAUAUUGUUCGCUGGGAUAGAAACAAACACGGUGGUGGAGUUUGUCGUUACCUGCGAAAUACAAUAACAUUUUCUAGGCAACAUCAACUUGAAAAUGAUGAUCUUGAAUUAAUUGCAUUAGAAAUUCAUGUCCAUUUCUUAUUGCUACCUGGUACCGGCCACCAAACACACCUUUGGAUUCUUUUUAAAAAUUCGAAAUGUUUUUGAAGGAGGCAGAUGCCAGGUAUUCAGAAAUUUACAUACUCGGAAAUUUAAACUCUAAUAUUCUUUCUAAUCCCCAGAGGUUCACACUACCCAGUUAUUGGACCUGAUGGUUGAUUAUCAAUUGGCACAAUUAAUAAAAGAACCUACAAGAGUUAAUGCCAAAUCGCAAACUCUUAUUGAUGUAUUUAUUACGAACAAGGAAGAUAACAUAUCUCAUUCGGGAAUAUACACACUUUCCAUUAGCGACCACUAUUUAAUUUAUGCUGUUAGAAAAAUUGGUUUACCCAGGGGACAACCAAAGUUUAUUCAAUCGAGGAAUUUUAAACAUUUCAAUGAAGAAAAUUUCUUACCAGAUCUGAAAAGUGCCUCAUGGCGGUAUGGAAAUGAAUAGCGCGUGGAAUGCAUGGAAAAUAUGUUUUUGAAUAUAGUUGAUAAGCAUGUUCCGAGAAGAGUCAUGCGAGGCAGAAAUAAACCCGCUCCUUGGUUAAAUUCUCAGUUAAAAGAGAAAAUGUAUGAACGUGACUGGCUAAAGAAAAAACCUUCAGAAACGCAGCGGCCAGAUGUUUGGAAGGCAACCAAGGAGCGGGUUUAUUUCUGACUCGCAUGACUCUUCUCGGGGCAUGCUUAUCAACUACAUUCAAAAAUAUAUUUUUCCAUGCAUUCCACGCACUUUAUAUUAACUAACGUCAAACCACUAUAUGAUGCUUACACCAGGUACCUACACGGGAGUUUAACAAGACCGCUGACCUACAGCACAAGUUUACUGUGAGGAGAGGGGGCUGGAACAGACUAACAGUGAGCAGCGGCAAACAACGCGGCAAAAUUCUGCUGUUGUCAAGUUGUGUUGUUCAUGUUCACGAGCCUAGUGGCGAGUUUGUUUGUAGCUUUGGUGGAGGAGUGUUGCAGAGGGCAUCAGAUAUCACUUCUACGUAUGAUGGUCGCGUCAUGAUAGUGGACCCAAAAGAUUACAGUUUUUACUUAUUUGAUAUCGAGGGACACCAGCUUGGCAAAUUUAAUAUCAAAAAUGAGAGAGAUGACGUUAAUCUCAUUGAGUGUCACCCGGUAAGUGACCAUGUCGUCCUUGCUGGUGAGGAACGAGAGACUGACCGCCUGAUACUGGCAAUAUACACUGUUAAUGGCGAAUUUGUUCGCAGAAUUCAGCUGGAUGAAGAAUUAUUUACCUUGUACGGAAUAGCAGUGACCGUGGAGGGUCACAUUGCUGUGGCUUUUAAAGACAAGCAUUACAAACAAAAGGUAAUCGUUGUUUAA